ACCCAGCGAUCCUAUCUUGCCUUGGGUACAAAAAGCUUUCCCACGUGAAGGCCUUACUCGACAUCAAAAACAUUUCAACACCUGCCUUUCGAAAGCACGAUUUGUUGUCGAACAUGCAUUUGGUAGACUGAAAGGAAGAUGGCGAUGCCUAAUGAAAAGGAAUGACGCAACUCUCAAAUAUGUGAUUGCUCAAAUUUCUGCCUGUUGUGUUCUUCAUAACUUGUGUAAAUUACAGCAAGAUUUUUUAGAAGAAUGGUGGUUGCUCCCAGAAAUGAAUGAAUGCAACAACCAAGAUGAUGAUAAUGGUGAUGACACUGAAGAUAAAGAUGACCAUAAUGGUGAUGAUGGCAAAGAAGAUGGUUGUGCAAUAAACAUUCAAAAUACAUUAAUGAACAGUUUAAUGUAG